GCGCUUCCAAAUUACUUUGAAGCUGUUGUCCUUGCGGGAAAGUCCGACUUCCAAUUUGCCAAUCAAGUCCUUCCAGCCACGGUGGAGAGCGAACUCGACAGCCCCAGCAAGCUGGCAACCAUUCAUGCUGAGCCGGACCCGAAGCUGGAGGUGCAGAAGGAGCUCAAGGAGGAGCUUCCAACCCUGCUGGAGGCAGAGAAUAUGCCCGACGACACGGCCUUUGGCUUGCAGAACAAGGGAUGCAAAGCAAAGCUGGUCGAUCGCCUGGUUGAGCAAGAAGCUCUGCAGAAGAAAGUCAGCGCCAAGUAUCCUGAGCAGAGGUUCGAAGUUGUGCUGUCCGAGUGCAAGAAGGCUCAGAUUGGGGUGGAGCGAAAGCGAACAUUGGAGGCCAAGGAUUUCUUCGGCUACUGGGGCGUGGCUUGA